UUCUCUUGGUAUUUUAAAAAAAAAGAAAAAACCUGAUAAAAGCAUUAGCUAUCUACACAAAGAGACCAAAAUCAAUGACGUUAACUAGUACAUUAAUUAAGGGGCGUUGUACGUCCCAGGUUAACUGGAGAAAGGGUGGCUCAGAUAUAUUGGAAGUUGACUUGGAACCCUAGUCUAGCACGGCUCUUAAAGACUACCCAAUUAACGCCUCCUCCCCUUAUAUCGCUGCAUUUCUCAUCCACCUCUCCCUCUCUCUCCCUCUCUCUCUCUCUCUCUCUCUCUCUCUCACUGCACCAUGUCUGGUUCAAAUGCUUCCUCUCUGUCAUUUACAGCUCUGAAAAUUGGUAUAAUAGGGUUCGGCUCUUUCGCACAGUUCCUAUCAAAAACCAUGAUCAAACAGGGCCAUAUUGUAAGAGCAACUUCACGAACAGAUUACUCUCAACUUUGUGACCAUCUGGGCAUCUCCUUCUUCAGGGAUACAGAGGAAUUCCUUGAAGCUGACAACGAUGUCAUAUUGAUCUGCACAUCAAUCCUAUCUCUAUCAAAGGUGCUCGAGUCGAUGCCACUCCAUCGCCUAAAGCAGCCAACCCUUUUCGUCGAUGUGCUCUCGGUCAAAGAAUACCCAAGAGAUGUUCUAUUGAAAGUAUUGCCAGAGGAAUCAGAUAUACUUUGCACUCACCCUAUGUUCGGGCCAGAGAGUGGGAAAGAAGGGUGGAAAGACCUAGCUUUUGUAUACGAGAGAGUUCGAAUAAGGAAUGAAGCUACAUGCUCAAGCUUUCUCCAAAUCUUCAGAAGUGAGGGUUGCAAAAUGCUGGAAAUGACUUGUGAAGAACAUGACAAAAUGGCUGCUAGGAGUCAAUUUGUCACUCAUACCAUUGGCAGGGUUUUGUCAGAAACAGACAUUGGGUCCACAUCUAUCAACACAAUGGGCUUUGAAGCACUUCUUAAAGUGAAAGAAGACACUGUGAAAGAUAGUUUUGAUCUUUUUAGUGGUCUAUACAUUUACAAUAGGUUUGCCAAACAAGAGCUAAAUAACCUAGAACUUGCCUUCCAAGAAGUUAGAAAGAAGCUGAUGGAGCAGAUAAAUUAAGAACAGAACAUGAAUGAGGCCAAACCUAAAAUGUGGAAGAGUCUUGUCGACUGAAAUAUGUGUGUGUAUAUAUCUCUUGUGCCUUUUUUCCAAGUUAAAGGAUUUGCAAACUAUAGAUGAUUGAAGGUCAGGCAUAUUUUCAUUCCAUGCAUAGGACUUUAGCUUUUGUU